CACAAUUCCUCCAAUACUUUACAUACUUGUCAUGCUUGCUGUUACGAACUUGUGACGACUGACAUCGUCGGCGGGUUUCGGUCUCGCUUCAAUUUCGAACACAAAUUCGACAAAUUGUCGAAAAUCGCCCGGAAAAAUUUAUUUAAACGUCGAUUAUAUCGAUCGGGAUUAAAGUGAAUUGUGAAAUUGUGCUGGACGAUGUUGUGCGCUUGCUGGACGCGAUUCCGCCGUUUGUUGUUAAUCGCUGUCUCGCCACUUUGUUUACAACAACCGCCAGCGGCUAUUGGACAGUGUUAUUGUGCCGAUUUUGUGUGAUACACGGGGGUUGCUUGUAAUUAAUCAUGAGUCCGUUGCGGCAGUGAUUUUCCUGGUGACUGUGCCGAUUUCCGACGGAUUCCUGGAUUAUAACCACCUGUUCUUCGUAACAACAAACGGGGAUGUACUUAGGCAACGUGGUUUCAGCCGGCACCAUUUCUUCGCCGUGGACUCCUGUCACCGGCCCGCCUGCCGACUCCAAUGGCGCGGGUCCGGAUACGAAGAAUUUGGAUGUUGGAGAUGUCAGCGAUGAUGAAAAGGAUAUGGCGGCGGCAGAUGCGGAAGGAGUUUGGAGUCCCGACAUUGAACAGAGUUUUCAGGAAGCAUUAGCCAUAUAUCCUCCCUGCGGACGACGGAAAAUUAUAUUAUCAGAUGAGGGAAAAAUGUAUGGUCGCAAUGAACUGAUCGCAAGGUAUAUAAAAUUAAGAACUGGGAAAACACGUACAAGAAAACAAGUCAGUUCACACAUACAGGUCUUGGCAAGGCGAAAACUGAGGGAGAUCCAGGCAAAACUGAAGGUAGACCAUGCAGCCAAGGAGAAGGCUCUGCAAACGAUGUCGAGCAUGUCAAGUGCGCAGAUAGUGUCAGCUACUGCAAUGCACAGCAAGUCAGCAGGUCUGAGUCUUGGUCUAACUCCCCCCGUCUCCUAUACUGGAGCGCAAUUCUGGCAGCCCGGAUUACAAGCAGGAACGAGCCAAGAUGUCAAGCCAUUUGCACAGUCUUCAUAUCCUGCCGGUAAACCCGCGACAGCUGUCUCAGCAGGAGACGUCGGACCCCUGCAAACAGCGCCGCCCCCUGUGUGGGAAGGACGAGCCAUAGCGACACAUAAACUUAGACUUGUUGAAUAUUCUGCCUUUAUGGAAUCACAAAACAGAGACGAAGCAUAUCAAAGGCACCUAUUCGUUCAUAUAGGCGGACCAGCACUAUCAUACACAGACCCACUUCUGGAGGCCGUGGAUGUGCGACAGAUAUACGAUAAAUUUCCGGAGAAAAAGGGUGGUCUAAAAGAGUUGUACGACAAGGGACCCCAAAACGCCUUCUUCCUCGUAAAAUUCUGGGCAGAUCUGAAUUCGAACAUACAAGAUGAGGCUGGUGCCUUCUACGGUGUGACGAGUUCGUACGAAAGUAACGAAAAUAUGACUAUCACAUGUUCGACGAAAGUGUGUUCUUUCGGCAAACAAGUAGUCGAAAAGGUCGAAACAGAAUAUGCCCGGUACGAAAAUGGGCGAUUUGUUUAUAGGAUCCAUCGAAGUCCCAUGUGUGAAUAUAUGAUCAAUUUUAUUCACAAGCUGAAGCAUCUACCUGAGAAGUACAUGAUGAACAGCGUUCUAGAGAAUUUCACCAUAUUGCAGGUGGUGAGUAAUAGAGAUACGCAAGAAACCUUACUGUGUACGGCGUACGUGUUCGAAGUGUCGACGUCAGAACAUGGCGCCCAACAUCACAUCUACAGGCUUGUGAAAGACUAGCGGGAUAAAGGGCUGGAAAAAUCCCUUCACUUCAGUGCCUACACCCUCACAAUACUAGUAUUAUUAUUGGUUACAUACGUUAGUAAGUAGCUAGGUGAAAUACAAAACGAAAUUGCCAUUUGAUGAUAUAUCAUGUAAAGCUACCUUAAAAUUUGAGGUUAUGUCGCCCUUACGUAAACUUAAGUUUGAAGUUUUUGCUUUUAUGGUAUCACUACUGUAGGAGAAGUUAUAUAUUUUGUUUUCAUAUCAUAAGUUUAUUUCUCAAUGUACUUUAAGUUUUUCCUUUGAUAUUCGUUAUCAGUAGUACAUAAUCCACUCAAAGUUUUAUGUAUUAUUGAUUCUGUACAUCUGCACACAUAUCUAGAUAUACUUACAGCAGCUGCAUACAAGACAAGCCAGUGUUUAAUAAUCCUCAGAUAAUCUGAGCAAUAUAAGUACCUAAUAAUACAGUUUUUUUUUUUUUUUUUGCAAAACAUUGGCUUUAUUCUAAAAACUUUUUACAAAUGUUUCAGUUCUGAACUACAAAAUUACACGUCGUACCGACUUUAAACAGCUAAAAUAGGGGGCAAUAAUUUUCUUUCUAGUUGAAUAUGAAUACACAACGAUAUAUAUCAGCGUUAAUUUAUUCUUUCACCAACAGAGAAUUGACACUUUUGUAAAAAGUAGACAUACUAUGUGACUGUUUACCCAAGAGAUUUUUAUUUAUUGCGUUAGUAUGUACUGAGGCAAGUUUUGUAUGUAUAUUUUGACAACUUCAAAAUUUUUACUUAGUUAAGAUACUUACACUUUGUCUUGGAUACUUGAGAUACCUUGAAUUUAUAGAGUUUGCUAUUUGUGAUGAUAAUUUUUAACGUUUUAUAUAGAUUUUUAUAUUUAAAAUACCCAGUAUUUUAAUUAUGAUGAUGAAGUUUUCGCCAAUUAAUAAGUUAGCUUUGUGUGGUGUCUCCACAGAACUCGGAAUUGUGUUUUGCAAUUGUCAACUGAAAGCAGUUCACGGUGGGUUUAAUUUAAUUAAUCAUCGUUUUGUGGAGGUUCCAAAACCUUUGUGUUCAAUUUGGCAGUUUAAGAUAUAUGCCAAUUAGACAAUAGAAAAUUAUUGUUAUAUUUUCUGAGUGAAUUUUCAGAGUAUUUCGUAGUUUUUUAAUUAUUUUGCGUUGUGCAAUUUCGAAAAAUUACAUUUAAAAAAAUGAUAAUUUUAUGGAUAUUAUAUAAUUUAAAAAAAUAAGUGGCAAUGUUUUUGAUCUCUGAUUUUAUCUUUGCAAAUUGUUUAAGUCAGCAAUCUGGUAGCUUUUAUUUUGUUAUAUAUAAGAUUAAUUUUUAUAUUUACUCAUGUUUAUUUACUUUUUUUUUUUGUUUUCUCUUCUCCUUUCAACGUAAUUGACUUUUAUUGCACUGGCACAAGUCAUUAUCUUCUAUGAAGGUAAAAAAUUUUGUUCAAUAUUACAAAAAUCACGUGGCUAUGAAAACUUUUUUAUUGUGGUUGUUACUUAAUUGCUAGACUUAACUUUAAUAUAAAUCUUUAGAUAAGUGAACACUACAUAUGAACAAUAAUUAUUGUAAAAUAUCAUUUGUACUCUAAUAAAAGAUCUAUUUUAAAAAUAAAGUGUCAGUGUAAAAAGUGAAAUUGUAUAUAUAUUUCUAAAAAAUAUGGCGGCUAUAAAUAUUUUUAUUGUCUUAUUGUAAGGUUCUUUAUAAAGUGUGCUAUAUUUAAUGAGGUUUUUUUUAUUCAUAUCUGGAAAUGCCAUAUCAGGACGGAAAUUAUUGAAUCUUAUACUUUGCUCUGUAUGUGUACAGUA